CUCCGAGAUUUAUAUUAUUUUUAACCAUGUAGUAGCUCUGCUGCUGCACACAAAUAUCGCACGUAGUUUUUAGCGCCCUCUAGUGUAUAACUCCGAAACUAAAAGUUUCGUCACACCGGAGCGCCCCGCCCCGCGGCUCCCCCUGCCGGCAGCCUCAUUCUGUUCUGUGCGCGCACGGCGCACGCACGUAGUCUGGAGGGACUAGACCGAAUAAUUUGAAAUAAAUCAUAUUUAAGUAAUAGUGUGCUACCUUAAUAUAGUAGGCAGUUAAAAGUGUAAGUGAAGUUUUUUGUUAAUAAUGCCGAAACGCAAGAAAAAUCAUAAGGAAUCAAGGGAAGAACGUUGGAGGCGGAAAUUACAAAAAUAUGAAGGUAGAUUGGAACACAGAAUACGUAGCACAGUAACAGCGGUGGUGUAUCCCACUGAUGACGAAGAUAUUCAAGUUCAAGAUAUAUUACCUGAAUCAUCGCAAUACCCCGUAGACAAUCCGGUGGAAAAUCCAAUCGAAUCUCAAUCAGUGGAAGGCUCACAAACAGAAAUUCCGCCGUUACCGCCCCCGUCCUCCGGGGAACCUAACAGUGGAUCCCAACCAGUAGAAACCCAGAUAUUAGAAAACGGGAUCACAACGGAAAUCAGACCGGAACAAAACAAUAAUAAUGAGGAUUUGUUUGAUACUGAAUUACUCAACAUCUUGGGGGACUUUGAAGUAACAUCAGAAGAAUGGGGUGACGAUCUUCAAGAAGGCGUAAGCAAGAGAUUUCAACAAAUCUUACAAGAAGGCCUUAAAAAAGAGGUGAAAGAGGAACUUAACAAGAAGUACUUGUUUCCAAAGAAUACACCUUUUUGUAAGGCGCCAACUCUAAACCCGGAGAUUAAUACUAUGCAGGCCAUGACUGAAUCCUUUAAGCAAAGAGACAAACACAUGAUGUCUAAGCAAAAUCAACUCGGAAAAGCAUUAUCCGUGUUAGGAGGGGCACUAACUGCUGUUUUGAAAAAAAACCCAAACAUUUCAGACGUGGUUCGUAUUCUUAAUGAUUGCGGCAAACUUAUCGCCGAUUCACAUUAUAUGGAGACAUAUACUCGCCGAUCAAUGGUUAUACCAUUGUUAGAUAAAUCACUUGUCGAACCGUUUAAAGAGAGGAAACGGGACCAAUUUUUAUUUGGUGAUAACUUAAUGGACAUUGUAAAGACGUCCAAUACUAUGAAGAAGACAGGCACUAUGAUUCAAUCACAAAAUACCCCCACAACGAGUGGUUUAAACUUCCAAGGACCACCAUUGCGGGGCCGUCAGCGCUAUUACCAGUCUACUCCAUACACAAGGACUGGGGUGCAGCGGGGCCAGCACAUGAACAGUGGACGGCGCCGGGGACAUCCUCUGCCAGCGCAAUUACCGCAAACACGGCGCCCGCUGCAACCGCCGCCGCCGCCACUGCGGCGCCAACAGGCUCAAGCGAUGACGACGCGUUACCGCUCGCAGAACGAACAUGUGCGACGUUAAACCCCCACGAGCAGGUACAUGCUGGACGCUUAAAGCAUUUUGUUAAUAAGUGGAAAACCAUUACAAAUGAUGAAUUUAUUUUAUCCACCAUAUCAGGCUAUAUCAUUCCGCUUUUAGAGAAACCGAAUCAACCAUUAAACUACCGACCUUAUAAGAAAUUUACCAGCCAAGAAUACAUCGACCUAGACAGGGAAAUAUCCCAUUUAUUGAAUAUAGGAGCUAUUGAAAUAUGUAACCCCGUAACUGAUCAGUUUAUCUC